AAGACAUCAGUUGUAAACUUGACACAUUCUCGUUGUUUCAUGACUUGGAUAGUCCUUUGAAAACCAUGUCUAAGGGACUUGAGGGGGCUCCCGAAAGAGUUUCUUGAUCUUGAAAAAGGCUUUCUGGACAAUGUGACCCAAGAGAAGCUCCCAAAAAGGUCUCCCGAUGGUUUUGGGAGAGACUUUUAAGAAAGGUUCACCUGAUAGACACUUAGAAGGUCUCCUGAAGACUUCUUCCUUUGGGCUUACUCAUUUGAGCUUGAACUUAUUUUCUUAGAUAAACACUUUUAACAUUUUCCCCCAUUUCUCAAAUAAAAGAAAGCCAAGAAAAAGAACUGCGAGUGAUAUGCGAAGGAUUUGAACCGAAUAAACCUAAAAAGACGCAGCAACAUACGGGGGGAGAGAGAGAAUGACGAGGAAACGACUGCUAUUGCUGUUAAAGCCUUUCGACGUGUUCCCAAAAGCCAAAGCUGGUCUAUCCCGCGUAACCAAUCCCAAGGUAUUGAGUUACCUGGAUAACAGGCGCAAGGUUCACAAGGAUGCCAUAAACUUCUGUCAGGAUAUCUUGCAAAAAAAGAAUGUCAAUUGGCAACCCAUUUUGCGAAGCCAUCUAUCACAGGCAAUCCGCGAUGUGGAUCUGGUGGUUACUGUGGGUGGUGAUGGCACACUUUUGCAGGCAAGCCAUUUUCUGGAUGACUCAGUUCCUGUUCUAGGAGUGAAUUCAGACCCCACUCAAGCUGAAGAGGUGGAAGAAUUCGGUCCGGAAUUUGAUGCUACAAGAAGCAUUGGCUAUCUUUGCGCUGCAACUGUCGGGAACUUUGAACAAAUGGUAGACAACAUCCUUGAGGGUAAGACAGAUCCAUCGAAGUUAUCAAGGAUGUCAAUUUGUGUGAACUCAAAGCUGCUGCCAAAAUACGCUCUUAAUGAUGUUCUAAUUGUGCAUCCUUCUCCUGCAACAGUUUCUCGGUUCUCAUUCAGGAUUAAAAGAGAUGGCCACCCAGGCGGGCAUUUGGUGAACUGUCGUUCUAGUGGUCUAAGAGUCUCAACGGCUGCUGGAUCGACUGCUGCAACGCUAUCAGCCGGUGGGACUCCAAUGCCUAUUUUGUCGAAGGAUCUCCAGUACAUGGUCCGCGAGCCCAUUCUGCACGGCGCAGUCAACUCUAGCCCGUUGCAUGGACUGGUACAACCUCAUGAAGGUUUGGAGAUUUCAUGGUUCUGCAAAGAGGGGUUGCUUUUUACAGACGGCUCCCAUGUUUUCCAUUCUAUCCAACAUGGAGAUACCAUAGAACUAUCUUCCAAUGCCCCAAUUUUGAAAGUUUUCUUGCCUAACCACUUGUCGUAGAUACAUACAGAUGCAGAACAGUUGUCACAGUGAAAAAAUUGUACAAUGCUCUACAGAUCUUUCCAAUAUAAGAACGACUUACUGUGGAGUUGAGAUUGUUA